GUUACUUGCUGCUGCACCGGUCAGCGUCGUCCUGGUGGCCAGACUUGCACCUUCGCCAUGCUAGUUGCCAGGUGCAGUCAUCACGACGCGGCGAGCAGAGGCGCCAAUGACCAGACUGUCACGGAGUUCCUUGGGACCCCACCAAGAGCGUAGUCCUUUGGUUGCCAAGGGCUUGGGCUUGCGUCUUCCAAGAAGGGCGCGGCGAGGUGAUACAUAUGAGCUGGCGGCGCCCUCGUGUGCAACUGGCUCGAUGUCUCCGUUGCGCUCCUGUUGCUAACCUGCCCAUUGCCUCCAUCGUUCGCCAACCGCACACAGACCCUGCUCCGCUGGCGUUGCUGGCUUGCCGCUAUGACCAUGGCCUCAUCUCCAGCGACUUCGUUCACACAGCACAACACUGUCGCUGGUGACGAUCUUCUGGUUGCAGCAGAUCCGUUCGCGACUCCUCCGGCCAUCACAUCUCAGCUACCCUCUCGACCUACACCAGCAGCCCUCGGUCGGCCGAUUCAACCGCACGAUCAAUCGCCGCAUGCCGCUUUUCCCAUCAAGUCGGCGUCCAUGUCCUCUGCGGGCACCGGUUCAACCACUCGGACUGGCUCGAUCGAUUGUGACGAGAAGAGCGGCAGUAUGGAGGGAGUUGCAGAGCCUCCGACCAAGUCACGCCAUUUCCAGAGAGACCCCGAAAAGGCCUUGCAAAGUCCCACUCGACACUCGCGCUACUCUCGCGAUCGGCAUUCACGAGGUGACAUAAGUCACAGGACGUACAUUGAGGACGAUGAUGUGGAAGAAAGCAGACAAGUACAGGAGAACAAAGCAUUGAAGAUACUCUUCUUCUUGGCUGGGCCUUGCGCAGUACUCUCCACGUUGAACGCCUUCUGGACCAUCAUAUCAUUGUUCAUCACAAUCAUGACCCAGCCUGUACGAUUAUGUGCUCGCAGACCCGGUUUCGGUCAACAACUAGGUGGCCUGGUAGGCCCUGCAUUGAAUCUGCAAUUGAAGAGCAUCUACACGCCCUUGGCCCCCCAUGCCGACGAGGACACCACAUACAAGCCUGGCAUGCUCGUGCUCGUGAUGUUGCUGUCGCCGUUCUUGGGAAUGGGCAUGAUGCUUGCCGCCUGGGUCGCCGCAAUAUAUUGGGUAUCAUCGCUUGUUGUAGGAGACCCAGCUGGAUUGGACAAGCGAGAUGAUGGUCGAGAGACAGUGCUUGCUCUUCGUAAAUGGUGGGAGAAUUGGCUGGUACGGAGUAUUAGGAACGAAUGAGGAAGCAAGCAGACGGGAGCUUGGAAAUGAAAUCUUUGGGUGUCACAUGCCAACCAAUUGUGGUUUGGAAUUUAGCGAAGGCGCUGGAGGUGUUAUGAUGAUCCGAUAUAUUCUGUCUUGAAGUAAGAAGUGUACCACCAUGCUGCAGUCGCAGCUGAUGUUCUGUCAACGUUCUGUUUUCACUACCACUUCUCAUGAAGCCCAUAUAUUGGAGGCAGCCCGCAAAUCUUUUCAUGCUGGCAUGCGACUCGCGCAAAGAGUUGAGAUAUGAUACCAGGUAGGCAUAGGUGGUCAUAGGUGGUCAUCCAACUCGGGAGAAGUCGACGAUGGCCUCCUUGGCAACGAGCGGUCCCGUACAAGCUGCAAGCUCUGCAAACGCGCCUUUCAGCGUCUUGGCGUCAAGAAUAUGACCGGACUCCCAAGACACCAGAUCCUGGGCCUCGUAGACUCCUGCAGCUAUGCGGACUUUCAUGCCGUCCAUAUCAAUCUGUUGCUGAAGCUGAUCGACAGGCAGACUGCCAGGCAGUCCGAGCUGCAAUAUCGACAAGCCAGACAGCAUAGCAUCCUUCGGAACAGGUCUCACAAUCUUGUCCUCUUUUUCUUGGUCCAGGGUCGUCUGCCUCGCUUUCUCUUUGGACAGACUAGCAUACUUUCUUGAUUCCAUCAACGUUCGUAGCUGAUCAUUCAGUGGCUGCCAUUCCAGACUAUGCAGAUCGAGCACAAAUUGCGGCUUGUAGUCAUUUUUGUAGCUCAUCUUCCUGCAACUAUGGAUGAAAUAGCCCAUGUAGUAGUAUCCGUAGUUCUGCUCAAGCGCGAGUGCAGCUUCUCUGAGCGCGGAUAGUUUGCCAAAAGAAAAUUUCUCGACAUCCUUGUGGUAUACGAAGUACACUCCGCUGACGGCGUGGGGCAAGAGAUCAAGGACGGCCAUGGCUAUCAGACGUCCAUCCAGGCGGUAACAUUGGUGGAAGCUGCCCAAUUGCUUUCCAUCAGUGUCGACACGUUGGCUCAAGGGCGAUGCGCACAGGAAGCGUUUGAACCCGGAUUUGCUGACAUCGUGGUCGUGGUGCACGUGCCGCUGAUAGCCAGAAUAAAGCUCGAACUUCUCCUAUCACUAGCAUUACUAUCAUUGCGUUCGAGGCGUACGCAAGAACGAUUGUCGACUCUGCUGUACCUCGCUAAAGUCGUCCGGCUCUAGUCGGACUUCGAAGCGGUGCUCCGGCUGGAUGUCCGGCUUCAGUCGAUUCCCCUCGCUCUCGUGCACAGACUGUAACAGGUCGAACUCACUAUUCACCCGCUUCUUUUCACUGCACGAUAUAAGCUCAGUCUACUGAGCCAGCCUGAUAAACUCACGCUUUGGACUUUGGAUAUUUCGUGGAGAGACUCUUGAUAUAGUCGUCACCUAGUACAAAUCGAUUCCAGCGGUUUAGGGCCUGGCGCUGAUCUUUCGCGGGCUUAAACUCUGACACUGGCAGUCUGAUGGUAUAAUGCACACAACAUGACCUCGAGGCAUCAGGAAGAUACAGCAAGCUUCCAGAUCGUCUCCAACCGCGAUCUAUGAGCUCCUGGUAGUGUUCAGGGCUGAGCGAUCUCGUACUGGCAUAGUAGGAAGCACCGGAAGAUGUUGAUUUGCAAUACCCGCAAUCACCGACUUGAUAUCCUAUUGGAGUCAACAAGGACGGUAAUGCACUGGCGGAGGUGCUGCUGCUGCUGGUGGCGGCGUCGGUCUGCAUCUUGCGUCGUGCCAAUACAGGUCCUACACACCCGACGUGAAGGUUACAGGUUCAGUAGGGAGGUAGGUACAUGAGGC